AGACAGAGACACCUGGGCAGAAGCAGACAGGAGGAGACGUUUCUAACCUUCAACACCUAUCUGUCUCACUGGGACCAACAGUUCUGAUGAUGCUCGUCUCUCGUUGCCUCCGUCUCGUCCUCCAUGAUGUCCUCACUCCGUCCUGCUUGCAUCACUUCCUGCUGGAGUUUGUAGGCACCGCCCUCUUCCUGUCUGCCAGCCUAUCAGCUGUCUUAAUAAGACCUGACCUGAGAUCAGCUGCCAGUCUGACCAAUCAGAGCCACUUGUCUGUGGGUCCAGAGUCUGGAGCCGCACCUGUGUGUCCCCUGCAUGUGGUCCUGGUCUUUGGUCUGUCUGUUGCCAUGGCGGCGCUCUGUGUGGGUGGGGCAGCUCACCUGAACCCAGCAGUUUCCAUAGCAAUGGCUCUGACUCUGAGGCUGCGUCUGUGGAGGGCAGUGCUGUACGUGAUUGGUCAGCUGCUGGGGGGCGUGGCCUCUGCAGGGCUGCUGAUGGUGCUGACGGGAGACGUGAUGCCUGCUGUGAACCAGGUGUCCUCUGGAGUCCAGCUGCACCAGGCGGUUACUGUCGAAACGCUCGUCACCCUCCAGCUGGUCCUGGUGGUCCUGAAGACCACAGACAUAUCUCUGCCGGCAGCAGCAGCACCUCUGUUGGUCGGUCUGGCUGUCAGUCUGGGUCACCUGGUGGCUGUGGGGGCCACAGGUUGUGGGAUGAACCCGGCCCGCUCCUUCGGUCCUGCUGUCGUCACACUGGACUUCAGAAACCACUGGGUGUUCUGGGCGGGGCCUGCUCUGGGGGCGUGUCUUGCUGCACUCCUGAAUGACCUGUUGCUGCAGCCGCGCUGGCGUUGUCCCAAAGACUGGUGGGCGGAGCUAAAGCAGCUUUAUCAACUGACAGACAAGCAGCAGGAGGAGGCUCUGUCACCGCUGCCGUAGCGCUUCACCUGACCCAAAAAAAAGCCUGUGAUGUCAUCAUGGUAUCUAUAGCUAUAAAACACCUGAGCAACAGAGUCGCAGUUUGUAUGAAAUGUUUCAAACUGAUUCUGAUCAAUAAAAUCCGUCUCCUGCUGUCUUUA